CUAAAGCUAAAGAAUUUGCAAAUCUAUUUGAAAUUACUGGGUUUAAUGCAUCUAAUAGAUGGCUUGCUAAUUUCAAAAAAAGAAAUACUAUUUCAUCAUAUCAACUUAGAGAAGAAUCUAGUAGUGUUUUUUCAGAAGAUAUUUUAAAGUUUUGUAUAAAACUUCAAAAUAUUCUUCAGAAUUAUGAACCUAGAAAUAUUUUUAAUUGUAAUGAAGCUGAACUUUAUUGA